UUGUGCUACUUAUUAGAAACGAAAUGUUUUUUAUACUUCUUAUUUAUAGUUUAUUUUAAAUAGAAAAAAAUUUUGAUUAGGAAAUAUAAUAAGUAUUUUUUUGAUUUAUAAUUUUGUAGUUAUUACUCAGUGUAAAAUACUUUAAAUUUUGUAAAGUACUCAGCGACAUCUAAGUUGUUCAUAGUUAAAUAAAGACGUAAUAAAAACUUUUUUCACGUUUAUAUUAUUAAAUUUAUUAAUUAAUUAUUAAAUGAUCGAUGGCAAUUAUUUCUCAAAACACAAUACGAUUGCCAAUAUUAGUAUUUGUGAAAAAAAUUUUUAGGUACAAUAAUUACAAUAAGAGAUCCAUUAUGACAACUCGUAUAAAGUUUGAAAAAGUUUUGGAAAAUCUCGAGAAAAAUCCUUUUUUUGAGAAAUAUGCUAAUAAAAUAGCUAAAUUACAACAAAAUAGUCCUGAAGAAUUCUUACAACGUGUCAAAAAUCAAGAAAAGUUACAAAAAAAAAAAGAAAAACAGGAAGAAGAAUAUAAAUUUUAUCAAAGUGAAGCAAAACCAUACUUGAAUCAAAUCAAACAACCUCAACAAGCAAAAUUAAAUAGUAUAAUGAAAAUGGAUAUGAUUCAGAAUAUGAGAAAAGAUGAGAUUAUAAAAAUUUGGAAAGAUUACCAUAAAGAUAAAGAUUACAUAUGUGGAAUAUUAACAUCAGAGCAAUUUGAUAAAAUGUUUGAGCGUGGAAAGCGCUAUUCAACAUUUUUAUUGCCAUUACCUAGAAAACAAGGAUAUGAGUUUAUAGUUAGUCAAUUUUAUGGAUUAGAAAUUCACAUGACACCACUUAUUUGGUAUCAAACACAUAAAGAAAAUGCACCAGAAUGUUUAACUAUGGUUCAUUAUGUAGAAUUUAAAGAUAAUAAAGGAAUUAUUCUUAUGCGGGGUGAAUUUGAUAAAAAAUGUAUUUCCGUACAAGAAGCACAAUGUUUAGUAAAUGAAUUACAAUUAUAUUAUUGUACAGAUAAUAUUAAAAGAUUACAACUUUUGGAAACUUUCACUAAUAAACCUGAUGAAUUUAAAUAUAUGAAUCUAAUAACACAGUUAGAAUCAAUACAAUUAGAAUUAAAAUAAUUGAGUGUUUUCAUAUAAAAUUUAUUAUAAUUAUAUUUUAUUUGAUAUUAUAUAGAUAUAUUGAAUUUGUACAUAGUGUUCUCAAAAUAAAUGACAAAGUAAAAAA